GUCAGUGCCCGCAGUCAGCGGUCGGCGGCGGGCGGACGGACCGGACCGGGGGAUCGGGAGUGCCGGGAGGAGGGAUCGGCGGGUGGAUCGGCAGACGGAUCCGUCGUCCUCGGCCUCUGGCGCCGCCGCUUCCCGCAGCCGGGGCUCGCAUCCCGCGGCCAUGAGCGGCACCAUUUCUGACCCAUUUCUCUCCCUCCUUUUCCCGCACCUCUCCUUCCACCAUUCUCUCUUUCUGCUGUCUAUUGUUCCCUGCCCUCCUCUGUCAAACUCUUUUAUUUUCCACCCUCCCUCUUACCCCCUUCCUUCACCUUGUUCUUUCUUUUUCCUUGGCCCCACUUCUCUUUGCCCUUCUUUCCAUCUCUCCCUGUCCUCCCCCACCUCUGCCCUCUCACUGCCCCCACCCCUCUUGCUGCUCCUCUGCAGGUUGGCCGUGCUGUAUGAGUGGUAAUUGAGUAGAGCUGACGAUGGCGAGUUGUGAGUCUCUCAGCAGCCCGGUGGUCCGACAGAUUGACAAGCAGUUCCUUGUCUGCAGCAUCUGUCUUGAUCGCUACAACAACCCCAAGGUGCUGCCCUGCCUGCACACCUUCUGUGAGAGGUGCCUACAGAACUACAUACCGCCGCAGAGCCUGAGCUUGUCCUGCCCCGUGUGCCGACAGACAUCUAUCCUCCCCGAGAAGGGGGUGGCUGCCCUCCAGAACAACUUCUUCAUCAGUAAUCUGAUGGAGGUGCUUCAGCGAGAUCCGUCCUGCAACCGAGAGGAGACGUCCAUGAAAGCAACAGUGGGGGCCGUCUCCGGGCACUCUCUUUCCUGCCCCAACCACGAGGGCAAGGUGAUGGAGUUUUACUGCGGCCCCUGUGAGACGGCCAUGUGCGGGGAGUGUACCGAGGCCGAGCACCGUGAGCACCGCACUGUGCCACUCAAGGAUGUGGUGGAGCAACAUAAGGCGGCACUUCGCAAGCAACUGGACACCAUCAAGAGCCGGCUCCCCCAGCUGAACGCGGCCAUCGAGUUGAUCGAUGGGAUCUGCCGGCAGCUGGCAGUGAACAAGGACGAGGCAGUGGGGCAGGUGAGCCGAACCUUCGAGGAGCUGGAACAGACCCUGCAGCAACGCAAGGCUGGCCUGGUGCAGGGCCUGGAGAGCGUCUGCAGCAGCAAGCAGGAGGUUCUCCGGAGGCAGCUGCAGCAGUUGAUUCAGGGCCGGGAGCAGAUCCGGAGUAGUUCGGAGUUUACGGAGCAGGCUCUCAGCCAGGGAACUGAGGCUGAGGUGCUCCUGGUGAAGAAGCAGAUGAAUGAAACACUGAGAGAGCUUGCUGAGCAGGAGUUCCCUCUGCACCCUCAGGAGAAUGAACACCUCGAGUGUGUGGUGGAGACGGAGGCAGUACGGCGUUCCUUGCAGAACCUGGGGGCCCUGCUCACCACCAGCGCAGUGGCCCGGCAGACAGUGGCCUCGGGUGAAGGACUGCGCAACACAGUGGUGGGUCAGCCCACCACGGUCACCAUCACCACCAAGGACAAAGAUGGUGAGCUGGUGAAGACGGGCAGUGCGGACGUCCGGGCACAGAUCACUGCUCCAGACAGUAGCACAGCUGAGGGUGAGAUCGUGGAUAACCGGAAUGGCACCUAUGACCUGCUCUACACCCUGAGGUCAGAGGGCGACCACAUGCUAUCCAUCACUCUGUAUGGACAACCGGUCAGGGGCAGCCCCUUCCGGGUCCGCGCUGCCAAGUCCUCCGAGGCGGUGCAGUCGCCGGAUGAUGUCAGACGUAGAGUGAAGUCACCGGGCAGCGGCCACAUACGGCAAAAGGCUGUCCGGCGCCCAGCCAGCAUGUAUGGCACUGGCAAGAGGAAGGACAAUCCCAUUGAGGACGAACUGAUCUUCCGUGUGGGGAGUAGAGGUCGGGAGAAGGGAGAGUUCACCAACCUGCAGGGAAUCUCUGCCUCGGGAAACAACCGCAUUGUGGUUGCCGAUAGCAACAACCAAUGUAUCCAGAUAUUCUCCAACGAUGGACAGUUCAAACUACGCUUCGGGGUGCGGGGGCGAUCUCCAGGCCAACUCCAGCGUCCAACUGGAGUGACCAUUGACCCCAACGGUGACAUCAUUGUGGCCGAUUAUGACAACCGAUGGGUCAGCACCUUCACUCCUGAUGGCAAGUUCAAGAGUAAGAUCGGUGCGGGGAAGCUGUUGGGUCCGAAGGGUGUGGCAGUAGACCGGAACGGCCACCUGAUUGUGGUUGAUAACAAAGCGUGUAGUGUCUUCAUCUUCCAGUCCAACGGGAAGCUGGUGACGCGGUUCGGGGCUCGAGGCACUGCAGACAGACAGUUUGCAGGUACACUGGACGGACCACACUUUGUUGCUGUCAACAAUAGGAAUGAGAUCCUGGUGACUGAUUUCCACAACCACUCCGUCAAGGUUUAUAAUUCAGACGGUGAAUUCCUCUUCAAGUUUGGGUCCCAUGGUGAGGGGAAUGGACAGUUCAACGCCCCAACUGGAGUGGCUGUGGAUGCCAACGGAAACAUCAUUGUAGCUGAUUGGGGCAACAGCCGAAUACAGGUAUUUGACAGCUCGGGAUCUUUCCUAUCAUACAUUAACACGGCCGCAGACCCUCUGUAUGGCCCCCAGGGACUGGCUUUGACGUCUGAUGGACACGUAGCUGUGGCAGACUCGGGCAAUCACUGUUUCAAGGUUUAUCGAUACCUGCAGUGAAUGAGGCGUAGUGACUGGCCAGAGCGGCCUGAGCUCAGGACCUGUGUGAUUGUAAAUAUCAUGGAGUCCAGCAGUGAUACGCCAGUGUGGAGAGAAACCACAGAAAUCAGCGACUGCUAUUUACCCUGCAUCCAUGUACAGCGGGCUGGAUGCUGUCUGGAGAUCAGCCAGGUCCUGACCAUAACUGCAUCACAGGACUGGCUGACCGCUCACUGGAACCACUAAAUACACAAUGUUUCCGGGGAUAAAGAAAAGACACAACACAGUGACGUCCCACUAGCUCAUUCCCAGUGUGCGACUGACCCCCAGUGAGGGUCAGUGUGUGGGACCGACCCCCAGUGAGGGUCAGUGUGUGGGUGUGUGUAUGUGUGUGGGACCAACGUCCUCCAGCGAAGGUCAGUAUGUGUGCCCCACUGAGGAUCAGUGUGUAUGUGUGGGAUGUCCCCCUGUGAGGGUUAAUGUGUGUGUUUGCGUGUGUGGGACCCAGCCUCCAGUGAGGGUCUGCGUGUGCAUGGGACCAACCCCCAGUGAGAGUCGAUGUGAAUGUGGGACCGUCCCCCAGUGAGAAUCUGUGUGUGUGUGUAUGUUUUAGUCUUGUCCUCUUGUUGGGUCACUGUCAUGAGGUGGGAAGGAGGCUUAUUUCAUGAUAUAUCUGGAGGAGGAAGCUUUGGUCAGUGGCCUGGGGUCAUCAUUUCUCUGCUGCCCACCCGGGCUGUCUGCAGACCUUCAUCUGAGGGAUCCCCUGCUCCACCUUCCAUCAGUAUCAUUCACCAACUCCCUGUCACUGUCGCUCUAAUCGAUACAUCUCUCUCUCUCUCUCUCUCUCUAUAUAUAUAUAUAUAUAUAUAUAUAUAUAUAUCUCUCUAUCUCUGUCUCUUUAUCUCUGUCUCUCUCUCUCUCUUUAUCUCUGUCUCUCUCUCUCUCUAUCUCUAUCUCUCUCUCUUUCUAUCUCUCUCUAUUCCUUUCAAUCUCUCAAUCUCUCCAUGAUCACUGAGGGAGCAAAACGUGCCAACUCAGGGAGCUCCCACAGUAUUGAGGAAGGGCAAAACUGAGUGUAUGUCACACGUGGCUCCUUGGUGCCCAUGAUGGAAGAUUGGCAUCUUCCUCAGUCUUAGCUGGACUGCCCACCUCCCCCCCCCCCCCCGUCCUGGUCUGGUCCCCUCCAAAUGGCCUCCUGUCUGUAUCUCCCACUGUCUGACCUCCCUCUGUGUCACCCUCAUCUGAUCCUGCCAGCCGUGUGACUACUCCCCUCACCCUGUUCCCCCUUAACUCACCCUUGCUUAUCUGCAGGAACAGUUUCCCCUCGCUCUGUUAUUGCUCCCCCUGCACUCACUGCCCUGGGCUGAUGGUGGGUAGGGUGCACUGAUCUCUGACUGCCCAUGCUGAAGAGGAAGGGAGGGGCGUUGGAUGGGAGGGGCUUCUCUGAUCGAUGCCUCCUGAUAACUGUCUGUAAAAUAAAUUAACUAUUUGCAACAGGUGUCUGUCUGAUUGGACAUGAACCCCAUCCUACAGGAACCAGUCAGUGGACCCUCCCCCCCCCACCAUCCACCCCUCCUCCACAACUCCAUCCCUCACACUCUCCCUCCCCAGCAGUCACAUUAGCUCCAGAAAUCUGCUGGAAAACCUCACUGGGUCAAGCAGUAUUUGCUGGGAGAAAAGGAACUUUAGUGCGUUCUCUCUUCAUAAUAUCAACAAUUCCUCCCUCACAGAUGCUGCUCAUCCUCCGAGUUAUUUCAGCUGAUGUAUUCCAGAUUUCAGUAUCACUCCCUCCACACCGGAGUCAGUAAAUACAAUUCCUUCCUGAAGAAGGGCAGAGGGAUGACAGGUCAGAGACCAGCGUGUAGGAAAUCAUCAGAUUAGUCUCUAAGCUGAAAGGCUGGGUGAUCAGUGAGAGUUCACGUUUGUUGGUUCCAUAAAACAGCAGAAUUAGGCCAUUUGGCCCACUGAGUCUACUCCAUUCAAACAUGGCUGAUCCUUUUUCUCCCCCUCCUCAGCCCCACAACUUCUGAUGCAUGUCCAAUCAAGAACCUAUCAAUCUCUGCCUUAAAUACACCCAUUGGCCUGGCCUACACAGCUGCAUGUGGUAACAAAUUCCACAGAUUCACCACCCUCUAGCUGAAGAAAUUUCUCAUCUCUUUUCUAAAUGGACGUCUCUCUAUCCUGAGGCUGUGCCCUUUAGUCAGAGAAAUCCUCACCCUGGGAAGCAUUCUUUCCACAUCUACUCUACGUAGGCCUUUCAACAUCUGAAAGUUUCAAUGAGAUAUCCCCCCCAUCCUUCUAAAUUCCAGUGAGAACUGGCCCAGAGCCAUCAAAUGUUCCGCACAUGAUUAUCCUUUCAUUCCUGGAAUCGUCGUCGUGAACGUCCUGUGAACCAUCUCCAAUGUUAGCACAUCUUUUCUUAGAUACACAAAGUGAGGCCUCACCAGUGCCUUAUAAAGAAAGCCUCAGCAUCUUAUCCCUGCUCUUAUAUUCUAGACCUCUUGAAAUGAAUCCUAACAUUGCAAUUGCCUUCUUCACCACCAACUCAACAUGCAAGUUAACAUUUAGGAUGUUCUGCACAAGACUCCCUAGUCUCAUUGCAUCUCAGAUUUCUGGAUUUUAUGCCUGCACAUUUAUUUCUACUACCAAAGCACGAGACCAUGCAUCUUCCAACAUUGUAUUUAAUUUGCCACUUUCUUGCCCAUUCUGGGAAUGAAGGGGUUAACAUAGGAGUGUUUGGCAAGUUGGGGCCUGUACUCACUGAAAAGAUGUGAUAGAAUGGACAUGGAGAAGAUGUUUCCUAUGGUGGGGGUAUGGUGAGAAGGCAGGUGUGUGGAGUUGAGUGGGAUCCGGGAUCAGCCAUGAUGGAAUGGCGGAGCAGACCUGAAGGGCUCCUAUUCUGCUCCUAUGUCUUAUGGUCUUACUCUCCUAAUCUUCCUAAGCCCUUCUGCAGCCUUCCUGUUUCCUCAACAAUCUUAUUCGUUUGAAAACCAGGUACCAGCCGUCUAUUCCAUCAUCUAAAUCAUUGAUAUACCAUAUAAAAAGAAGCAGGCCCAAUACUGAACCCUGCGGACCAUCACUUGUCAAUGGCAACCUUCUCACAUAUCCUGUGGUGUCCUGUCCAAUCAGAAAACUAUCAACUUCUGCCUUAAAUAUACCCAUGGAACUGGCCUCCACUGCAGUCUGUGGCAGCGCAUUCCACAGAUUCACUACUCUGUCUAAAAUAAUACCUGCUUACCUCUGUUCUGAAAGAUCGACCUUCAAUUUUGAGGCUGUGCCCUUUAGUUCUGGAUACCCCCUUCAUAGGCAACAUCCUCAUCCACCCUGUCCUUUCAAUGUUCGGUAGAUUUGAAUGAGAUUCCCCCAGCAUUCUUCUAAACUCCAGUGAGUACUGGCCCAAAGCUGCUGAACACUCCUCAUAUGUUAACCCCUUCAUUACUGGAAUCGUACUUGUGAGCCUCCUCUGGACUCUCUCCAAUGACAACUCAUCCUUUCUGAAAUAUGGGGGUCAAAACUGUUGACGAUACUUGGUGUGGCCUGACUAAUGUUUUAGAGAGCCACAACAUUUAUCUCUUUAUAUUCUAUUUCCCUUGAAAUAAAUGCCAACAUUGCAUUUGCCGCCUUUCCUCCAUCUGUCAAUUAAUCUUCAGGGAGUCUUGCACAAGGACUCCUAAGUCCCCCUGCCCCUCUGGUGUUUGUACAUUCUCAUUUAAGACCAUAAGAUAUAGGAGCAGAAGUAGGCCAUUCGGCCCAUUGAGUCUGCUUCACCAUUCAAUCAUGGGCUGAUCCAAUUCUUCCAGUCAUCCCCACUCCCCUAUCUUCUCCACAUACUCUUUGAUGUCCUGGCUAAUCAAGAACCUAUCUAUCUCUGUCUUAAAUGACUUGGCCUCCACAGCCGCUUAAGGCAACAAAUUCCACAGAUUUACCACCCUCUGACCAAAGUAAUUUCUCCGCAUCUCUUUUUCUCAAUUGACGUCCUUCAAUCCUGAAGUCAUGCCUUCUUGUCCUAGACUCCCCUACCACAGGAAAUAACUUUGCCAUAUCUAAUCUGUUCAGGCCUUUUAACGUUCAGAAUGUUUCUAUGAGAUUCUCUACCCCCCCCCCCCCAAUUCUCCUGAACUCCAGGGAAUACAGCCCAAGAGCUGCCAGAUGUUCCUCAAACAGUAACCCUUUCAUUCCUGGAAUCAUUCUGGUGAAUCUUUUCUGAACCCUCUCCAAUGUCAGAAUAAGGAGCCCAAAACUGGACACAGUACUCCAAAGUGUGGUCUCACGAGUGCCUGAUGGAGCCUCAACAUCACAUCCCUGCUCUUAUAUUCUAUACCUCUAGAAGUGAAAGCCAACAUUACAUUGGCCUUUUGCACCGCCGACUCAACCUGGAGGUUAACCUUUAGGAUAUCCUGCACGAGGACUCCCAAGUCCCUUUGCAUCUCUGCAUUUUGAAUGUCUCCCCAUCUAAAUAAUAGUUUGCCGGUUUAUUUCUUCCACCAAAGUGCAUGACCAUACACUUUCCAACAUUGUAUUUCAUUUGCCACUUCUUUGCCCAUUCCCCUAAACUAUCUAGUUCUCUCUGCAGACUCUCUGUUUCCUUAACACUACCUGCUCCUCCACUUAUCUUUAUAUCAUGGCAAAUUUAGCCACAAAUCCAUUAAUCCCAUAGUCCAAAUCAUUGACAUACAUUGUAAAAAGCAGCGGUCCCAACACCGACCCCUGUGGAACUCAGCUGGUAACUGGCAGCCAACCAGAAUAGGAUCCCUUUAUUCCCACCCUGUGUUCUGCCGACCAGCCAAUGCUCCACCCAUGCUAGUAACUCCUUGGGAUCUUGUCUUGCUAAGCAGCCUCAUGUGCAGCACCUUGUCAAAGGCCUUCUGAAAAUCCAAGUACCCCAUGUCUACUGCAUCUCCUUUGUCUACCCUGCUUGUAAUUUCCUCAAAGAAUUGCAGUAGGUUUGUCAGGCAGGAUUUUCUUUUCAGGAAACCAUGCUGGCUUUGGCCUAUCUUGUCAUGUGCCUCCAGGUACUCUGUAGUCUCAUCCCAAACAAUCAAUUCCAACAACUUCCCAACCACUGAUGUCAGGCUAACAGGUCUAUAGUUUCCUUUCUGCUGCCUCCCACUCUUCUUAAAUAGCGGAGUAACUUUUGCAAUUUUCCAGUCGUCUGGUACAAUGCCAGAAUCUAUCAAUUCUUGAAAGAUCAUUGUUAAUGCCUCUGCAAUCUCUCCAGCUACUUCCUUCAGAAGCCAAGGGUGCAUUCCAUGAGGGCCAGGAGAUUUGUCCACUCUCAGACCACUAAGCUUCCUGAGCACUUCUUAAUUGUAAUUUUUACUGCACAAACUUCACUUCCUGACACUCUUGAAUGUCUGGUGUACUGCAGACGUCUUUCACUGUGAUGCAAAAUACGCAUUCAGUUCCUCUGCUAUCCCUGCAUCUCUCAUUACAAUAUCUCCAGUAUCAUUUUGUAUUGGUCCUAUAUCUACCCGCGAAGCCCUUUUACCCUUUAUAUACUGAAAAAAGCUUUUAGUAUCUUCUUUGAUAUUAGUCGCCAGCUUCCUCUCAUAAUUCAUCUUUUUCUUCUGAAUGACCUUCCUAGUUUUCUUCUGCAAGUUUGUAAAAGCUCCCCAGUCCUCUGUCUUUCAUCUAGCUCUGGCUUCCUUGUAUGCCUUCUCUUUCGUGUUUACUUUGGCACUGACUUCACUUUUAAGCCAUUGUAGUGUCCUUCCAUUCAAUAAUUUUAUCUUAUUUGGAAUAUUCUGUCUUGCACUUCCCUCAUUUUCUGCAGCAACUCCAGCCAUUGCUGCUCUGCUGUCCUUCCUGCAAAUGUUCCUUUCCAGUCAACUUUGGCCAGUUCCCCUCUCAUGCCUUUGUGGUUUCCUUUAUUCCGCUGAAAUACUGACACAUUGGAUUUUACUUUUUCCCUCUCAACUUUCAAUGAGAACUUGAUCAUAUUGUUAUCACUGUUCCCAAAGGGUUCCUUACCUUAAGCUCUGUUAUCACUUCAGGAUCAUUGCACAACCAGCACAGCUGAUUCACUAGUGGGCUCAACAACAAGCUGUUCUAAAAAGCCAUCCCUUAGACGUUCUACAAACUCUCUCUCUUGAGGUCCAGUACCGGCCUGGUUUUCCCAAUCCACCUUCAUGUUAAAAUUGCAACUAUUAUCAUG